AUGUCAUUUAUUUUGAAUGCUACAAAAUUAAUGAAGUAACUAUUCUUUAAUAUUAUUAGUCUUUAUUGUGUAGUUUAAUUAACAUGGAAGACUAAUUAGGCUUUCAAAAAAAAGAACCAAGAAUUUGAGGAUACAUUAUUAAUUAAAUGGUAUAUGCUGUAAAUAUUAUAUGAAGGGUUCUCUUGUACUCCUUAUUUUAAUUUGAAUGGGUUCUUGCAUUAUUAUUAGAAUUAAUACCAUUUGGCUUUCUAGUUCCAUUUUUAAUAAAAGGAUAUAUAACAUUACCUCACUCAAAAUGGCACUAUUUAUUGUAUCAAAUGAUAGAAAAAUUGGAAAUGGAUUAAUAUUAAAACAUAUUCUUCAUUUACUUUUCAAAGUUUAUGAAAUAUAUUCUGAUUCCUUGUUUAAAUGUAUACUUAAUAUAUUAAACAAAAGGUGGUGGAGGAUUGCAUAGAUUUAGUUAGAGUUGAUGAAUUGGAUACUUUGGAGAAUAAGGUAGUUAGAAUAAAGGAAAGAAUUCUUAAAAAAAUAUAGUCUGUCUAAAUAAAUAAAUAGAAAUAUAUGUUGAAACAUUAAGACAUCAAAAUUAACAAUAAUAAUAAACAAGUUCUUAGUGUUUUAGCAAAAGUUUAGGAUAAUCUUAAAUUUAAAGACUAUAUCUUAAGUUUUGAUCCUUAAACUAAUUAAAUCUAAUUUAUUGAUACUAUCAGUAGGGAAUGUAUUCAUACAAGUAUAUUAAUAAUAUAAGUUUAGGGAAUCUCUCAUUAAUUAAUAUUAAUGAGGAUUUUUGUCUUAUAGCAACAUAUUAGGAUGGGGAUGGAAAUUUGGAAUUAAUUAAAUUGAAUAAUAGUGAGGAUAUUAAUUAAUGGUUAAGACCAAUAAUUGAAAUUCUGAUUUAAUAAAAUGAAGAAUACUGA